CAGAGGCAAAGAAUCUGAAGCAGGCUCCAAGAUCUGAGCUGUCAGCAGGAACUCAGCAUGAGAUCAUAACCAGAGCCUUGGAUGCAAGAGACUGAGCCACCCAGGCGGUCCCAUAAUUCCCUUUUAUUAACUUAGUGUUUUAGGAAAGGUGUGUCAAGCCUCCUCAAUGGUUCGCAGUCUAAGAUCAUAAGUGACAAACAAUCCAGUGGCCUGGAUGUUUUGUUUGGAAAGCACAGCACCCUCAGAUGAGGAAAACUGGAGGAGACCCCUUUGUCAAAGGGAAUGCAAUUAUCUAAAUCCUUAAACAAUCAUCUCUUUCUGUUUUUCAAGUUAAGGCAGAUGAAACUGACUUUAUUUAUUUGAAACUGGCUUUUUAAAUGCAUAACUUUAUUCUCAAAGUGAUUCCUUUUUACGUAAAAGUACACAGGCUUGCCAAAUAUUGGUCUGGGAUGGUUGGAGCUAGAGAGGGGCAUAUGGCCCAGCUGUGUUUGGACAAGGACUUCAUGUCUCUUACCCAUUUCCUCUUCUAAUCCAGCGAAGCCCUACCAGGGUUGCUCUCCAUAAGAGCCUUGGUAGUUUGUGCUAGUCGGUAAGAACCUCCAUAAUGGCCACUGGGGUGGGGGCAGGGGCGGGGGCAUCUGGCUGGGGAACUCAUCCCGUUUUCUCUUCGUUUGGAGAUGAAAGAUCACAGAAUUAUCUUUAAUCCCCCCUCCCCCGCCCAUUUUUACUCAGGCUUAAAAUUGUUUUCAGUCUAGUGGGGAAACUGUGUAAUUCUGGGAACUCAACCAAUUCCAUCAAAGAAAGACCAAAGGGGCAACUUGGUUGCUGGCCCAAGAAGCAAAGUUUGCUAACUUUGGGCACUGUGGGUUCUAGAGCAACGUAGGGCUCGGUCCACCUUUUUCUCCCUCUGCCCCAGGCGGGUUUAGCCUGGCCCUUUGUCCCAGAAGCAGGCACGUGGCCUUUGGACUUUGCCAAGAAGCCAGGAUUCCUCCUCCAGCAAGGGCGCCCUCUUGUGGGGCUUUUGGGGGGGUCUGCUCUGCUUUUCCACUCUUCUGGGGUUGCGCUUUCUGUCUCCCUCCCAUUGUGAGCCACUUUUAAGUGAUACGAAGGCUCAUACGCCCACGGACCACUGUGGUUUGCCGAGACACCGAAACGGAGGAUGGGGAGAGCUUGUUCUCCAGCCGGCUCUUUAACCUAAUGACGGCUGCAGGAGACUGGCUAGGAACCGCGUUUCUACCCUUCCAGCACCUUAUUAUGGGCCGGCUAUGUGCGCUAGCACGGAGACCCGCGGAGCGCAGCUUCAACCGUCUAGGGGCCCCGACGUCCCCGCGCCCGGUCGUGUCUCUGGUGGCGGGUCGGGGGCGCAGAAUCGAGGCCCAGCUGCGCACCUGCCCCGGGCUGAUUUUCCUUCGCGGAUCAGCCGCUUUCCGCAGGCCCUUUCCCCCACGGCCGCCCCCUCCAUCCGGGGCUCACCGCCGCGUCGCCCACACCCGCGUACCAAGGACCCCAGGGCUCCGCGGCACCUGCCUCUCCGCCCCCGCUCUGACGGGAUCCUCCGGGCGCCUAAAGCCACGGGACACGGAGCUGUUGCUAGGCGGAACUGACGUAUAACCAGGAUAUACAGGCGCCCAGCCCAUCGGUUUUGUUCCCGAUCGGCCCCCGUAACUCGGCGCUUCGCCCUGCCCCUCGACGGCCCGCCCCCAGACGGAGCUAGUUUGAGCAAUCGUGGCGGGGCCACCGGUGAUGUCACGAUACCCGCGGCCUAUCCGAAGGCCACGCGGUACGUGGCCCUCCUGCGCUUCCGUCGUCUGGGAGGAAGGGGCGUUGUCGCGCCUGCGCGGGCGCUCUGACCACCGGCUGGCUCCUCGUGGAGGCUUCUCUGGUCCGCGCGCUUCAGCUCGUCUUGAGCUCCGGGCGGCUGCCGCGACACGCGGCGCUCGCGCGCCAUGUCGUGGCUCUUCGGGAUCAAGGGCCCUAAGGGCGAAGGCGCGGGGCCGCCGCUGUCCCUGCCGCCCGCUCAGCCCGGGGGCGAAGGCGGCGGGGACCGCGGCGCGGGGGACCGGCCGGCGCCCAAGGACAAAUGGAGCAACUUUGACCCGACGGGCCUGGAACGUGCAGCCAAGGCGGCGCGAGAGCUGGAGCAUUCGCGACACGCCAAGGAGGCACUGAGUCUUGCACAGAUGCAGGAGCAGACGCUGCAGCUGGAGCAGCAGUCCAAGCUCAAGGAAUAUGAGGCCGCCGUGGAGCAGCUGAAGAGCGAGCAGAUCCGCGUGCAAGCUGAGGAAAGGAGAAAGACUCUGAGCGAGGAGACGAGGCAGCACCAGGCUAGGGCCCAGUACCAGGACAAGCUGGCCCGGCAGCGCUACGAGGACCAGCUGAAGCAACAGCAACUUCUCAACGAGGAGAAUUUAAGGAAGCAGGAGGAGUCUGUGCAGAAGCAGGAGGCCAUGCGGCGAGCCACCGUGGAACGGGAGAUGGAACUUCGGCACAAGAACGAGAUGCUGCGGGUGGAGGCCGAGGCGCGCGCCCGAGCCAAGGCCGAGCGUGAGAACGCAGACAUUAUUCGUGAGCAGAUACGCUUGAAGGCUGCUGAGCACCGGCAGACCAUUCUGGAGUCCAUCAGGACAGCCGGCACCCUGUUUGGCGAAGGAUUCCGUGCCUUCGUGACAGACUGGGACAAAGUGACAGCCACGGUGGCCGGGCUGACACUGCUGGCCGUGGGGGUCUACUCUGCCAAGAACGCCACGUCUGUUGCUGGACGGUACAUUGAGGCCCGGCUGGGGAAGCCGUCCCUGGUGAGGGAGACGUCUCGGAUCACAGUGCUUGAGGCCCUGAGGCACCCCAUGCAGGUCAGCAGGCGCCUCCUUGGUAAGCCCCAGGACGCACUGGAAGGCGUCGUCCUCAGUCCCAGCCUGGAAGCGCGCGUGCGAGACAUUGCCAUUGCGACAAGGAACACCAAGAAGAACCGGAGCCUCUAUAGGAACAUUCUGAUGUAUGGGCCUCCUGGCACCGGCAAGACGCUGUUUGCCAAGAAACUCGCGCUGCACUCGGGCAUGGACUAUGCCAUCAUGACAGGUGGGGAUGUGGCCCCCAUGGGGCGGGAUGGCGUGACUGCUGUGCACAAGGUCUUCGACUGGGCCAGCACCAGCCGGCGAGGCCUCCUGCUCUUCGUGGAUGAAGCAGAUGCCUUCCUCAGGAAGCGAGCGACUGAGAAGAUAAGCGAGGACCUCAGGGCCACCCUGAAUGCAUUCCUGCACCGGACAGGGCAGCACAGCAGCAAGUUCAUGCUGGUCCUGGCCAGCAACCAGCCCGAGCAGUUUGACUGGGCCGUCAACGACCGCAUCGACGAGAUGGUCCGCUUCGAUCUGCCGCGGCGGGAAGAGCGGGAACGCCUGGUGAGGAUGUAUUUUGACAAGUAUGUUCUGAAGCCAGCCACAGAAGGAAAGCAGCGCUUGAAGCUGGCUCAGUUUGACUACGGCAAGAAGUGCUCAGAGGUCGCACACCUGACGGAGGGCAUGUCGGGCCGGGAGAUCUCCCAGCUUGCUGUGGCAUGGCAGGCCAUGGCAUAUGCCUCUGAGGAUGGAGUCCUCACUGAGGCCAUGGUGGAUGCCCGGGUCCAGGAUGCCAUCCAGCAGCACCAGCAGAAGAUGCAGUGGCUGAAGGCUGAGGGAGCCAGGCCUGAGGGUGGCCAGGCUGCGUGAACUGGCCCUGGUACCUGGGGCACGCAAGCCAGGUGGCUUUGCCAGGAAGAAGCCCCAAGAUGCCCGCCUCUCCCUGUGGCGGGCCUACACAGCCGCCCACCUCAGCAUUUUUAAGUACUUCUCCAGUCAGGGCCAGGACAGCAUUGAAGGCCUCUGCUUGGGACCAGCCGCAGCUGUGGCGUCUUUGUGGCGGGGCCGCCCCCUGCCCCCCAGGACACAACCGGGAGACGGGAGUCUCCAAGCCGGGCUCAGUGGGGGAGAAGCCACUGUCCCCAUGCCCAGGGACAAUGUCCAAGCUGGCUAAGCUCCCGUGGCCAGCUGCUGCAUCUGUGACCGGCAGUACAGGGGGCCCGGCUGAGAGCUGGGCCUGCGUGGGGGGCUUGACCCUGCCCAGGCCCACCCAGCAGGUGAGGGGUGAGCAGAGUAGGCCCCCGUGCUGCCUGGUGGGAGUUGCUCUCCCCUGUGCUAGGGAGGAGGAUGUACCCUGCACACGUCUGACUGUGAUACACCCGGGGGGGAAGAACUAGCUGCCAGCAACUGGUGGGGUUGCCCACGAGGCCCAAGACCCCCUGGCCAGGACCAUCCGGGGCGGGGGUUGGGGGCUGCCCUAGUCCACAGGAUCUGCAGCCCUCCCUCCCUUGCGUGGGGGUCUUUUUAUCCAGAAUCUAAUAAAAACUCUGACAGGAUACCUCA